AUGUGGUCAUGGGUUUGUUUGAAGAUAGCUUUGAUCCUAUGUUUGAGUUUGAAUGAUGUCUCUGAGGCUAGCCAGGAUCAGGCUGAGGCUGCACUUGUUGGUACUGUCUACUGUGACCCUUGCUUCCAUCAAAAUUUCUCCAAGUCUAGCCACUUCAUUUCAGGUGCAUUGGUUGCGGUGGAAUGCGGUGGUGAUGGGAUGGAGGUGACUGGCGCAAAACCAAGAUUCCAGGAGGAAGUGCGAACGGAUGAGAAAGGCGAGUUUAGAGUUGAAUUGCCUUUCUCGGUCGGUAAACGUGUCGAGGGGUGUUUUGUUAAAUCGGUUCGUAGUAGCGAGCCGGAUUGUGCGGUGGCCGUCUCCAGAGGUUCGUCCACUAUCCGGCUCAAGGUGAAAACAUCGGGAAACCGUGUUUUCUCGGCUGGGUCCUUUGCAUUCAAGCCUCUAAAACGACCAAAACAAUGUCAUACGAAACCAAGAAACAAGAAUUCGGACGAUGAAUUCAGCGCUGCAGAGCCAUUCCCAUCGCCUGCCAGAUUUCUGAUUCCACCGGUUACUCGCGGAAAACAAACUACAACGGGGUAUGAUGAUUCAUCCGAUGCAGACGCCCUUGGGCUCCCAUUUCAGUCUAAUCCAUUUCAGCCACCGUUUCAAUUCCAGCCACCACCUGAUUCAAUGUUUACUCCGUAUUUCCAGCCACCACCGGCUUCCAUAUUCGAUGCAAUGCCAUUACAGCCACCACCGGAUUCCAUGUUCAAUCCACUGCCAUUCCAGCCAUCACCGCCUUCAUUCAUUCCGCAGCUCCGCACGCCACCACCAUCACCAACAUGGUUCCCUUCAUUGACGUUUCCGCCACUGGAACCACAACCAGAUUUCAUUCGAUCACCACCGCCACCAUCAAUUCCUCCACCGGCACUGCCAAUGCUCCCGCCGUUCCCUCCGUUCCCAUUCCAGCCAAGGCCAGGGUAUCCUGGAACACCACCAGCUACACCUUCUGCUCUUCUAAAGAAAAUAUCAUCUCCUUGA